CUCUCUCUCUCUCUCUCUAAGCCAAAGCCCAAGCCAUGAUGCCAACCAUAAUCACAAGGAUUUCCCUCCUUUACAGCCUCCUCCACGCUUGGUCCCUCUAUUUGGUCCCCAAGAAGCUCAGGAUCUACCUCCCUCCUUCUUGGUUCCCUCUCCUCGCCGACCCGACACCGACACCGUCCCCGCCGCCCCCUCCCUCCUUGCCGCGCUCCCUCUCCUUCCACAAGUCCCGGAUGGACCCCGCCGAGCUCAAGCGCGUCUUCCAGAUGUUCGACCGCAACGGCGACGGCCGGAUCACCGAGAAGGAGCUCGGCGACUCGCUCCAGAACCUCGGCAUCUACAUCCCCGGCAAGGAGCUCGGGGAGAUGAUCGCCAAGAUCGACGUCGACGGCGACGGCUGCGUCGACAUCGACGAGUUCGGCGCGCUGUACCGGUCCAUCAUGGACGAGCGCGACGAGGAGGAGGACUUGAGGGAGGCCUUCAACGUGUUCGAUCAGAAUGGGGAUGGGUUCAUCACCGUGGACGAGUUGAGGUCGGUGUUGGCCUCUCUCGGGUUGAAGCAAGGGAGGACGCUGGAGGAUUGCAAGAGGAUGAUCAUGAAGGUGGACGCCGACGGCGAUGGGAUGGUCGACUACAAGGAGUUCAAGCAAAUGAUGAAAGGUGGUGGCUUUAGCGCUUUGAGUUGACCCACGUACCUUCUCUUUCUUCUUUUUUAUCCUUCUCUCUCUUUUCUUCUUUAAAAUUUUCAUGAAGUUGUAUAUAUUUUCCAUUUCCAUGGUUGGUGGAUGUGUGAGGGAGGGGAAAGGAAAGGAGGGGAGAGAUUGAAUUUGAAAGGAUUGGGCGGCAGGCACGUGCGAGAGGGGGUUCCGGAGUCUCCUCCGCCGCCGCCGCUAACCACUUGGAUCAAGUAAUUCGAGGUGCAAUGCACGUGUGGAUCUCUCGCGUGGUCGAUACGAACAGAUCGUGUGGAUGGAGAUCUAAUCAAAUGGCGCACGAUGGAGGCACGGCAAAGUCGGAAAACAUGGAUGUGGAUGAUCGAGAUUCAUGAGUUCAUGGGUCUCUUGUAUGGUUGCUUUUUGAUAUCCCCAUUGUCGUUGAUUGUCAUGAAAACUCCCUUCUUUUUGUUUCCCUUGGGGAAAAGACAUCUGGUGGAAGGAAACCAGCAAAUUUACUUCGCUACUUUCACCAAAAAGGAACUGACAAGAUACGGACAAACGAAGGGAAAAUGCACUUCGUGUUUUACUUAAGCUUCGCUUAUGUGCAAGGACUUCGAUCUGAAAUACGGACAGAAACUAUGAAACUGCAUCAUUCCAAAGUCGUCUCCUUACCCUCCCCAACCCCUUUAACUUUUUGUCCCUUUCACUCUCGUAUAUUGGCUUGGAUUGAGCUCUUACUAUGAACAUUAUAAGUAUACAAUACCUAAGAUUUGACAACGUCAAUGCAACCGAGACAGAGUGACAAUACCCAUGUGUUCUGCCUUAGGGCAAUCAGCAACAUGAUAUAGAGAUGAAAUAGUGAAAGCAUGAACGACAGCAGCUUGUCAAGUUCCUAGAGGCGGUCGCGACAAUG